AUGUUUCAAGCUACCAGCAUGACGGCUCCAAAUACUCAUUUGGUGUUUCCAUGUUCGUGGAGACGACCACCUAGCUUGCCUUUUCGAAGUGCAAAAACCUUCAAGCCUCUCUCAUGCCUCGAACUAAAAGGAUGCAAAGGAAUGAAUGGGUUCCAUGAGAUUGAACUUAAAGUUCGCGAUUAUGAACUGGAUCAAUUUGGUGUUGUGAACAAUGCUGUUUACGCAAACUACUGCCAACAUAGUCGACACGAGUUUUUGGAAAGUAUCGGUAUUAGUUGUGAAGAAAUAGCUCGUUCUGGUGAAGCCUUGGCAAUUUCUGAGUUGACAAUAAAGUUCCUUGCACCUUUACGUAGUGGAUGCAAAUUCGUGGUGAAAUCGAGGAUAACGGGAGUAACUAUUGCGCGCGUUUACUUUGAACAUUUCAUUUAUAAACUUCCAAAUCAAGAGCCUAUUUUGGAGGCAAAAGGAACUGGUGUCUGGCUUGACAACAAGUACCGCGUUACUCGUAUUCCAUCUGAUAUACGAUCAAACUUUGUUCACUUCCAACGCCAAGAAGAUGAUACUAAUUAA